GGGAGCCUUACCCGCUUCCACCGCCCAAUUCCUCCCUAUAAAUACCCCCGCUGAUCCGACACCAUCAUCAUCACCACGAAAAAGAAAACAACAAAUUGAAAAAAGAAAUCAAGAAAUGGCAGGAAUCAUUCACAGUAUCGAGCAGAAAUUGGGGAUGGGAGGAGGAGUCGACCACAAGAAAGAGGAAGAAAAGCAGCACAGAGUCGAGGAGAAGAAGCAUGGUGCCGUGAUGGACCAGAUCAAGGACAAGAUGCACGGCGACGAGAAGAAGCCCGGGGAGAUCAAGAAGCACGGUGAAGGCGGCGGCGUGAUGGACAAGAUCAAGGACAAGAUCCACGGCGACGAGAAGAAGCACGAGGAGAUCAAGAGGCACGAGGAGAUCAACAAGCACGGCGAAGGCGGCGGCGUGAUGGACAAGAUCAAGGACAAGGUCCACGGCGACGGCGACGGGAAGAAGCACGACGGAGAGAAGAAGAAGAAGGAGAAGAAGAAGAAGCACGGCGAGGGCGGGAAGCAUCACGAUGGGAGCAGCAGCAGCGACAGCGAUUAGACGAUCCAUAGAUCGAUCUGUUGCCGGUGUCUACGGAUGCUGGGUUGCUUAAUUGUCAAGUGUUAAUUUUCUCUGUGUCGCUUUUAUCUUGUAAUGAUGAAUAAUCAAUGAAUAAAAAGUUACUACUUUUAUCUGUUUUUGGA